AUGGAAAUAUUAUACAUUACGCUUGGGAUUCCUGGUCUAGAACCGGAAUUCAUAUAUGGCAAUCUUCGUCAACUCGGCAUUAUAACAUCGAACAAACAAGUAGUUGAUUCAUAUGUUCAUGGUUUUGAAAAAAUGCAAAAGCAAUAUGGAGAUAUAUUUCAAAUUUGGAUGGGUUCAAAUCAUUAUUUUGUAUUCUGUCGUCCUGAACACGCUGAAAUAAUAUAUUCUGAACGUCAUAUAUUCGAUCGUCCUGAUAUGCGUCUAAGAACAUUUGGUUUAAUAGCAGAAAAUUUUCUAAGUACACUUAUCGGUCCAAAAUACAAACGACAUGCAAAAGCAAUUAUGCCCAUGUUGAAAAAACAUCGAUUUAAAUCACAAAUUUCGAUUAUUAUCGAUUGUGCUGAUCGAUUGAUUCAUAUUUGGAAAGAUAGAUAUGAAAAUAAAGAUAAUGCCAUAUGUACGUGUAUACUGACAGAUAAUCAACAAUUAAUGUUAGAUACAUUUUCACUCUUAACAUUUGACUAUGAUUUGGGUAAUUUAAAGCAUCUAUCCAAAAUUGCUAACCGAUGCAAUGCAGAAACCCAAACUGAACCAUCAGAAAUGAGUAUCGCAAUAUCGAUUUGGUUAAAUGCAUUAAAACGUGUUACAAUUAAUGGUAUGCCAACUUUUAUCAAUAAUUAUCUAUUAAAAAUUGAUAGACAAUAUCAACAUGCUUUGGGAAUACUGGAAAGUUAUGUAGAAAAUAUAGUUCGAAAAUGUCAAAAAGAAAUAGAUCCAAAUGCUAGACCAGUAAAUCUUGUUGCAUCGUUAGUAUCAUCAUUACAAAAGGAUGAAGCAUCUGAAAAAAGAAAACCUGAAACAGAACAGAUAGGAAUUAUGAAAAAAGAAUUAUUAGGUGAAGUAUUAGGAUUAAUUCUGGCCGGUUUUGAUACGUCAUCAAGUAUUCUAUCAUGGUUUAUUCAUUUUGUAAGUAAAAAAUCUGAAAUUCAACAAAAAAUAAAAGAAGAAUUGAAGCAACAUGGUAUUACAAAAGAAACACCUUUGGAUAAUUUCGAUUUAUUAGAUAAAUGUCAAUAUAUUGACUGUGUCAUGAACGAAACAUUGAGAUUAGCACCACUUGGAUUUGGUAUACUGCGAACACUUCUCAAUGAUAUUGUUAUUGAUGGAAUCAAAAUUCAUAAGGGAGACACAGUUGUAUCAUCAUAUGCUCUAAUGCAACGUGAUCCAAGAUAUUGGAAAUUAGAUCCAACUGAAUUUAUUCCAGAGAGAUUUUUUGGUGUUGAUGCGCCCGAUGCCAAUCAUAAUCCGUUCGUGUUCACUCCGUUUGGCGGUGGACAUCGAGCUUGUGUUGGACAAGAUUUAGCUCGACUAGAAUUAAAGGUAAUCAUUAUACGUUAUAUGCUAUUCGUUACUUUUAUUGAUGCACCUGGAAACAACGGUGGCCAUCGUCAAGGAAUGACAAUUGUACCGAAAGAAUUAGCAGUUUCAAUGAAAUUUGAUUAA